AUGACGUUUGAUAUAGUAGAUCUGGAAAAGAAGAUGGGCCAGUGCUUAGAACGGCUCAAAAAAGACUUUUCGACCAUGAGAGCCGGAACUGCUAAUCCAGCAAUUCUAGAUCCUAUCAAAGUCAAGGCAGGUAAUAGUCUUGUCUCUUUGCGCGAUGUGGGACAGGUGUCUAUCAAGGAUGCAAAGACACUAAUGGUCAACGUGAACGAUCCUGAGCUUAUCGUUGCUGUUGAGAAGGCCAUUCGUGAGGCAGGAUUAAACUUGAAUCCCAUUGCUGAUAACAAGGCAGUCAAAGUUCCUGUGCCAAAACCUACCAAAGAGUUCCGUGAGACCCUUUCCAAAAAUGCGGCAGCAGCAGCAGAAAAAUCAAAAACCAUCAUUCGCAAGUUACGACAGGAUGGAAUGAAGGAUUUGAAGAAGGAUCUUAAGGCUGGAAUGAGUGAAGAUGAGAACUUUACAUUGGAAAAGAAGGCUCAAGCAUUACACGACAAGGUUAUCAAAGACAUCGAUGAAGCACUCAAGUCCAAGGCCAAGGAGAUCAUGUCCAAUUAA